AUGAUCUCCAAGGCUGAUAAGACUCUUCAGCACGUCGGUAACUUCACCGCCCAGGUCCAGAUCUUGGAUGUCCCCGGUGAGAUCAAGGUCGGUUACUCUCCCAUCGCCUUCGUCCGUACUGGCCGUUCCGCUUGCAAGCUUACCAAGAUCAACUGGAAGGUCGGUAAGGAGACCGGUGGCAAGAAGAUGGAGGAUCCCCACUCCUUGAAGUCUAACGAGAUGGCCGAGGUCGUCUUCGAGCCUCUUCAGCACCUUGUUGUCGACUCCUUCAAGCACUGCGAGGGUCUCUCUCGUGUUGCUCUUAUGGAGGGUAACGGUGUUGUCAUGCUUGGUAAGUGUGUCGCCACUAGCGCCAAGGAUGUCAAGUAA